AUGGUCAACUUUACUAUCGACGAGAUCCGGACUUUGAUGGACAAGCCGACCAAUGUCCGGAACAUGUCCGUCAUUGCCCACGUCGACCACGGAAAGUCCACUCUGACCGACUCCCUCCUGGCCAAAGCCGGUAUCAUCUCGACGGCAAAGGCCGGAGAUGCCCGAGCGACCGACACUCGUCCCGACGAGCAGGAGCGCGGCAUCACCAUCAAGUCGACGGCCAUCUCCCUCUACGGCCAUCUCGAUGACCCUGAGGACAUCAAAGACAUUGUCGGCCAGGUCACUGAUGGCCAGGACUUCCUCAUCAACCUCAUCGACUCCCCCGGUCACGUUGAUUUCUCCUCCGAGGUCACUGCUGCCCUGCGUGUCACCGACGGUGCCCUUGUCGUCGUCGACACCGUCGAGGGUGUCUGCGUCCAGACCGAGACGGUCCUGCGACAGGCUCUGGGCGAGCGUAUCAAGCCCGUCGUCGUCAUCAACAAGGUCGACCGCGCUCUCCUCGAGCUCCAGGUCUCAAAGGAGGACCUGUACCAGUCCUUCUCUCGUACCAUCGAGUCCGUUAACGUCAGCAUCUCCACCUACUUCGACAAGACCCUCGGCGAUGUCCAAGUGUACCCCUACAAGGGCACCGUUGCCUUUGGUUCCGGUCUGCACGGCUGGGCCUUCACCAUCCGCCAAUUCGCCGCCCGGUACGCCAAGAAGUUCGGUGUCGACAAGAACAAGAUGAUGGAGCGUCUCUGGGGUGACAACUACUUCAACCCUGCCACCAAGAAGUGGACCAAGAACGGCACCCACGAGGGCAAGCAACUGGAGCGUGCCUUCAACCAGUUCGUCCUGGACCCAAUCUUCAAGAUCUUCCAGGCCGUCAUGAACCACAAGAAGGAAGAGAUCGCCACCCUUCUCCAGAAGCUCGAGCUCAAGCUGAACACCGAGGACAAGGAGAAGGAGGGCAAGCAGCUCCUCAAGGCCGUUAUGCGAACCUUCUUGCCCGCCGCCGACUCCCUGCUGGAGAUGAUGAUCCUGCACCUGCCCUCGCCUGUCACCGCGCAGAAGUACCGUGUCGAGACCUUGUACGAGGGUCCUCUGGACGAUGAGGCCGCCAUUAGCAUCCGGGACUGCAACCCCAAGGGCCCUCUGAUGCUCUACGUCUCCAAGAUGGUGCCGACCUCCGACAAGGGUCGCUUCUACGCCUUUGGUCGCGUCUUCUCCGGCACCGUCCGAUCCGGCCUCAAGGUCCGUAUCCAGGGCCCCAACUACGUCCCCGGCAAGAAGGAGGACCUCUUCAUCAAGGCCAUCCAGCGAACCGUCCUCAUGAUGGGCGGUAAGGUCGAGCCCAUCGUCGACAUGCCCGCUGGCAACAUUGUCGGUCUGGUCGGUAUCGAUCAGUUCCUGCUCAAGUCUGGUACCCUCACCACCAGCGACACUGCCCACAACCUCAAGGUCAUGAAGUUCUCCGUCUCGCCCGUCGUCCGGCGCUCCGUCCAGGUCAAGAACGCGCAGGAUCUGCCCAAGCUGGUCGAAGGUCUCAAGCGCUUGUCCAAGUCGGAUCCUUGCGUCCUGACCUUCACCUCGGAGUCGGGUGAGCACGUCGUCGCCGGUGCCGGUGAACUGCAUCUCGAGAUUUGCCUCAAGGAUCUCGAAGAGGACCAUGCUGGCAUUCCCCUGACCAUCUCGGACCCUGUCGUCCAGUACCGGGAGACGGUCCAGAGCAAGUCAAGCAUAACGGCCCUGUCAAAGUCCCCCAACAAGCACAACCGUCUGUACAUGGUGGCCGAGCCCAUCGACGAGGAGCUGUCGCUUGCCAUUGAGGCCGGCAGGGUCAGCGCCCGUGACGAUUUCAAGGCUCGUGCCCGUGUUCUGGCCGAUGACUUUGGCUGGGACGUCACCGACGCCCGAAAGAUCUGGACCUUUGGCCCCGACGGCACUGGCGCCAACUUGCUGAUUGACCAGACCAAGGCCGUCCAGUACCUGAACGAAAUCAAGGACUCGGUCGUCUCUGGCUUCCAGUGGGCCAGUCGUGAGGGUCCCGUCGCCGAGGAGCCCAUGCGCUCCGUCCGCUUCAACAUCCUCGACGUCACCCUGCACGCCGAUGCCAUCCACCGUGGUGGUGGUCAGCUCAUCCCUACCGCUCGUCGCGUCCUGUACGCCGCCGCGCUGCUCGCCGAGCCAGCGCUGCUGGAGCCCGUCUACUUGGUGGAGAUUCAGGUGCCGGAGCAGGCCAUGGGUGGUGUGUACGGUGUCCUGACCCGCAGACGUGGCCACGUCUUCAACGAGGAGCAGCGUCCCGGCACUCCUCUGUUCAACAUCAAGGCCUACCUGCCUGUCUUGGAGUCGUUUGGGUUCAACGGCGACCUGCGCCAGGCCACGUCGGGCCAGGCUUUCCCCCAGUCUGUGUUUGACCACUGGCAGGUCCUGCCCGGUGGCUCGCCCCUCGACAACACCAGCAAGACGGGCCAGAUUGUCACGGAGAUGCGUAAGCGCAAGGGUAUCAAGGUUGAUGUUCCGGGCGUGGAGAACUACUACGACAAGCUGUAA